UCGGGGCUGCGGCGCCGCCGCGUCAUGACCAAGGACGGCCGCAGCAACGUGCGCAUGGAGCACAUCGCCGACAAGCGCUUCCUGUACCUCAAGGACCUCUGGACCACCUUCAUCGACAUGCAGUGGCGCUACAAGCUCGUCCUCUUCUCGGCCACCUUCGCCGGCACCUGGUUCGCCUUCGGCGUCGUCUGGUACCUGGUGGCCGUGGUCCACGGGGACCUGCUGGAGUUCGACCCGCCGGCCAACCACACGCCGUGCGUGAUGCAGGUUCACACCCUCACCGGCGCCUUCCUCUUCUCCCUGGACGCCAUCGUCCUCCUCAUCACCCAGCUGGUCCUCACCACCAUCAUGGAGAUCUUCAUCACCGGCACCUUCCUGGCCAAGAUCGCCCGGCCCAAGAAGCGCGCCGAGACCAUCAAGUUCAGCCAGAACGCGGUGGUGGCCCAGCACAACGGCAAGACCUGCCUGAUGAUCCGCGGCCUCAUCGGCUGCCAGGUGACGGGGAAGCUCCUCCAGACCCACCUCACCAAGGAGGGCGAGAGCGUCCGCCUCAACCAGGUCAACGUGGACUUCCAGGUGGACACCUCCUCCGACAGCCCCUUCCUCAUCCUGCCCCUCACCUUCUACCACGUGGUGGACGACGCCAGCCCCUUCCGGGACGUGGCCCUGCGGACGGGCGAAGGCGACUUCGAGCUGGUGGUCAUCCUCAGCGGCACCGUGGAGUCCACCAGCGCCACGUGCCAGGUGCGCACCUCCUACCUGCCCGAGGAGAUCCUCUGGGGCUACGAGUUCACGCCGGCCAUCUCCCUCUCGGCCAGCGGCAAGUACGUGGCCGACUUCAGCCUC